AUGGCCCUGCUGGACAAAAUCCUCGAUCUGCCUAUCCCGAAGACCAUCAAAAUUUCUCCAGAUUGCCGGCAAGUGCUCUAUUCAACAACCCCGAUAACGAAGACCGGAGAACAUGAGGUAUCCACGAUAUGGUUAGCAGAUACGGGACAUCAAGGAUCCGCUCGGCAAAUCACCCUUGGCGAAUACAAUGACCAUUCUCCUCGAUGGUGCCCAGAUGGCAAAUCCAUCGCCUUCAUCUCGGACCGAGCAAAGGCAGGCGAGCAAUGGGCUAUCUACUCCCAUACUCUAGGCGAGGAAGGCGAACCGCAGGUGCUCACGCCAGCCGGAAACGAAAAGAAGAUCGAGCGGUUUGAGUUCAGCCCGGAUGGAAAGACAAUAGCUUACCUGUCUGCGGACGAGAAGAGUGCUGAGAAGAAGGCAAAAGAUAAGGAGAAAGACGAUCCCAUGGUCUGGGGUGAGGAUUGGGCUUUUAAUCGUUUGAGGGUGGUUGACGUGGCGACUAAGAAAGUUGCGACCUUGGUCAGUCGCUCUGCUCAUAUCACUGAGUUGGCGUGGAGCGAUGAUGGGAGUAGAAUUGCGUGGCUCGAGGUGACGACUCCGAAUAUUGAAAGUCCGUAUCUACACGGCACCAAGGCUUCGAUCAUCAACCUCGCGGCCAUCCCGUCAGGAGGGCCAUGGCCAUUUUCAACCAAACUUCACAGUCUCCAAUGGGCAGGGGACAAGCUUCACGCAUUAGGUUUCCGCAGUCAAGAAAGCACAAUAAGCAACAACGCAGUCUAUUCUCUCGACACCACCAGCAGCUCACCUGCAUGGGCAGACCCAACGUACGGACUCGAAGAAUGCCCCGAGGAACUAGGCAAAGCGGACAGAGACAUCGUAGUAAAGGUAGAAGCCGGCCCGCAAGAUCAACUGCACAUGUUCGGCGGCCGCCCAAUCUUCUCCAAAGACCAGGAGCUGAAAACAUGGGACGCCGCCUUCACAACCGACAGCGACGAGCUCAUCAUUGCCGUCGCAACCUCCGACGUCAACCACCCACCCGAAGUCCACAGCAUCACCGCCUCAGGCGGGGCACUGAUCCAGCUCUCCUCCCACGCCCGCGCCCACGGCCUCCAAGACCACCACUUCGGCCAUCCCGAGUUCCUCUCCUGCGCCUCCGAAGACGGCGCCAUCGAGCUCGACGCCGUCUACAUCACCCCACCGCACCUGACGCCACAAAACCAGCGCACCCCGCCCAAACCCCUCCCUACCGUCGUCUUCAUCCACGGCGGCCCGCACUCCCGCGUCACGAACCAGUUUGACGGCACAUACCACCUCUGGGGCCCCUUGCUCCUCGAAGCCGGCUACGCUCUCCUCCUCCCCAACUACCAUGGCAACAGCGGACGUGGCUCCGACUGGGCGAACUGCGCUCGCGGGGCGGUAGGUACGGUUGAGUACGACGACAUCAUCGCUCUCGUCAACGACGCAGUCAGGAAUGGCUACUCCGACCCCGAACGCCUGGUAGUCAGCGGCUGGAGCCAAGGCGGCUUCCUCUCCUACCUCGCCUGCGUGCGCAACGGUCUACACGGGGAAGGCUGGAAAUUCCGCGCCGCGAUCCCCGGUGCGGGUGUGAGCGACUGGGACACCAUGACCAUGACCUCGGACGUGGGCGCGACGUUUCAGAGCGAUAUGGCGGGCAAAUCGCCCUGGCGAAGCGACAAACCGGACGUCGCGAACCGAAAGGGCAGCGCGAUCUGGGAGUUCCAAGCCGCGGUGGAAGCCGCGGUGGAGAUCCCGCCGGUACUGAUGGUGCACGGAGAAAAAGACGAGCGGGUGCCGGUGAGUCAGGCGGUGGGGUUCCGGCGGGCGCUGCAGGGGCAGGGGUUGGGGUUUGAGAUGGUGGUGUAUCCGAGGGAAGAGCAUAUUAUCAAGGAGAGGAGGCAUGUGCGGGAUAUGGCGGAGCGGGUGGUGGGGUUUGUGGGGAAGCAUUUGGGGCCGGGGGAGAAGGGGGAUGGGGAGGUGUAG